AUGUAUAAUCCAUAUCAACAACAGCAGGCUGCUUAUAAUCCUCAGCAACAACAAACCGGUUUUGCUGGAGGAUUUAAUCAGCAACAGCAGUAUGUACAGCCUCAGCAAACAGGAUAUUACAAUCCAAAUCAAGCCCCCUCAUUGCCAAACCAAGCAACAGGGUUUUAUCAACCUCAACAACAGGGAAUGUUUAAUGCAUCGUCAUUUCAAAACCAGCCUAUUGGAUUUGCGCAACAACCUCUGAUUCAACCACAGCAGACUGGUUAUAUUCAAACACAACCUACUGGGUUCCAACAACCGGGGACGGACUCGGCGCCUACGGUGACGGAAAACAGUGAAUUGAAGAUCCCAAGUAUGAGAUUAUCGUUUAUUACUGCCUCAGAUCAAAGCAAGUUCGAACAUUUAUUUAGAACUGCAGUUCCUAAGGGAGAACAAGCUAUUAGCGGUGAUUCGGCACGAGACAUUUUAUUGAGGUCUGGCUUGCAGCCUAUAACCUUAGCUGAAAUUUGGUCGUUGGCGGACACUAAUAAGUCGGGUUCUUUGUUAUUUCCGGAAUUUGCGUUAGCUUUGCAUUUAUGUAACUUGUCAUUGAAAGGGGAUCCUUUGCCUACUAUGUUACCAGAAAAAUGGCUGAAUGAAGUCAAAAGUUUUGUUGAUGCCAUAAGCUUUAGUGUACCUGAAAAUCCAGCGAAGAUCUUGUCGAAUACACCGUUUGCUAGUUUUGGAGCAAGUAACAAUACGACUAAUAACGAUUGGAUGGCUCCACAGGCCACUGGAUUCAAUAACUCUGGUGCGGUUCCCUCCACAUCAUUCCAGGCUCAACCAACAGGAUUCGGUGCGCCCCAGGAAAUUAUGGCUCAAAGAACUGGUAAUCUCCCUCCUCAACCUCAAGCAACUGGUUUUGGAAGUAACAAUGCGGCAUCCUUAUUGCCUCAAAGAACUGGGGGAGGUACGUUGAUUCCAUUGCAACCUCAACAAACUUCUAGUUUAAUUCCUGCGCAGAAAACUGGACCUUUGCAACCUCAAACUACAGGAUUUCAAACUCAGAAUCCUCAGCAAACUGGCCCCGGUGCUUUACAACCCCAAUCAACAGGAUUUACACAAAGAAUGAAUAAUGGUCCUUUACAAGCACAAACAACUGGAUUUCAACAACAAACCACAGGGUUCCAACCGCAAACUACUGGGUUCCAACCACAAUCGACUGGAUUCCAACCACAAUUGACUGGAUUCCAACCUCAACAGACUGGCCCUCUACAGGCACAACCAACAGGCAAGCCCGGUCAGUGGGGUUUUGUUUCAACGCCGACAGGGGGAAUCCCAGGGAUGAAUGCUAUGGAACAACACUUUUUACCCUCUUCUCAAUUACCUACUAAUAACUUGCAAAAUGCUAUGGGUGGUUCAUUGAAGACGAAUGUGACUUGGGCAAUCACGAAACAAGAAAAGCAAAUUUAUGACGGCGUUUUUUCUGCAUGGGAUAGUAGAAACAAAGGAUUUAUUGAUGGAGAAGUUGCAAUCAAUAUAUUCGGAAAGUCUGGAUUGGCUAGACCAGAUUUGGAGUCUAUCUGGAACCUUGCGGAUACUAAUAAUCGAGGAAAAUUAAACAAAGAUGAAUUUGCAGUUGCAAUGCAUCUUGUUUAUAGAAGAUUAAAUGGCUUUGAUCUACCAUUGAGAUUACCUCCAGAAUUGGUGCCUCCUUCAACAAAGUAUAUCCAAGAUUCUAUGGAUACUUUGAAAAAUUCUUUGAAAAGUGGUUCUGCCAAAUCUUCACCUCCAGUGAAACCUGGUAAGACAGAUGGAAAAAGAUAUAAGAAUGACGACUCCAAUUUUGGGUAUGUUUCUAAUGUUCGUCACAGAAGAAAAAAUGUGUCUAAUAAUGAUUCAUCAAACGGCGAUCAAAAGCCUUCCCACAGUAGUGAUUUAACAAUAGCGGACUUGAAAAAAUUAGUUCGUGAGAAGAAGAUUUUAUUAGACGCAGUGGAUGCGGAAGAUCAAGAUUCGGCUAUAUCAAACAGACAAAUGGAAUCAAGAAAUUAUCAAGAGAUAGAUUCAUUGAAGCAACAAAUUAGAAAAAUCCAAUCUCAAUUAAACGAUAAGGUUUCUUCUGGUGGAUCCAUUGGAGAAAGGAAACAAUUGAUGGAUAAAUUGAAUUACUUAACUCGUGAUAAAGUCCCAGGUUUAAUUUCUAAAAUUCACCAAGUUAAUAAAGAUAUAGCCACAAGUAAAGUUGAACUCUUUAAAUUGAAGUUAUCGAAGGAAAAUCCAGACUGGCAGCCUGAAAAUGCUGAAGCAGGAAUUGUCGGUACUGGUAUCAAUGGCGAAGUUACAGAUGCAGAUAGACAGAAAUUUAAAUCCAAGCAAUUAUUAAAACAAAGAAUGGCUGCUUUGACUGGUAAGUCGCAUGGAAGUGGUAACGAACUAGAUGUAAAGUUGCAACAGGAAAUGAAGAAAACAAGAUCAGAAGGAGAAAACCAGUCUGGAAUGAUAAAUGAUAUUGAAGCUAGUAUUAAAGAUUUGGAAGAUGGAUGUGCUGCUAAUUUGCAAGUUACUAACAAGGAAGAAGUAGGCACAGAUAAAUGGGAAAAUGGAAAUAAUUUGAAUGAAGAAGUUGCAAAAUUCGUAAGAGAAUUGAAUUCUUCCAAACCAAGCCUACAAUCUAAUUCGCAAGUAACUUCUACUCUUAGCCAGGGACAAUCCCAAACUCAACCUCAAUCUAAAAAUGUUGAGGAGGGUAUUGUUUCACCGCAAGUAACUGGUGCCAGUGAUAGUUCUACCGCUAGUCAUGAGUAUAGAACUCCUGAAGAGAGAUCGGCUUAUAUUAAAGCACAAGCUGAGAAGAGAAUGAAUGAAAGGUUGGCUAAAUUAGGUCUCACAAGGCACAAGACGUCAGGUUCCAGUUCCACAAUCGAGCAACAAACACAGAACAAGACGACAUCGCUAAAUGCCAAGUCUGAAACUUCUAACAAUGCCGAAAGAAAGCUUGAACAGCAACCAGAACAUCAACAACAGCCUCCACCACAACAACAGCAAUCACACCAAGAAGCUCAAUUACAAGAUAAAGGUACAAAUGAACGUGAUUCUUCAAGGCAAAUAGAUCAAAAACCUACCCAAAUAAUGGAUAAUGAGUCUGAUGAUGAUAAUGAGGAGUAUGAAGCUUUGAUGAAAAAGAAAGAAGAGAUGGAAGCUCGUGAACGCGAGCGUAAAUUGAAGAAGAAACAAGAAAAAGAGGCAAGAUUAGAGAAAUUAAAAAUGGAAAUGGAAGAAUUGAAGAAGAAGGAAGAAGCGGGCGAUUCUAGUGAUGAUGAAGAGCCAAUAACAGAAGUUGCUUCAUAUGGCCCAAGUAGGUCUGUUUCACAGAAUAAUACUGCGAAGUCUAUUGAACAACCAAUUGUCGAGGAGAAGACAGAUGAAGAACACAUCGCUGCUCCUGUUGUACAAGCUGAAAAUUCUGUACCAAAAACACAUGAUAAUAACCCUUUCGCAAGAAUUCAGAAUAAUAGUAGUACUUCGGGCAGCAAUAAUGGGUCUAAGGACAACCUUUUUUUUAAACCCGAGAAAGAAGUUAAGUUAGAUCCAAAGAAAGCAGCUGCUCAGAGAGCAUCACAAAGAGGAUUAGGUGACAUUAAUGAUUGGAGUGAUGAAGAAGAGCAUUCAAGUGAAGAUGAAGGACCUAAUAGGGCAGGAGCUGCUCAAUUAGCAAGUUUGUUAUUCGGAGGUAUGUCCCAACCAGUACCAAAAUCUAGUACUGUCACGCCUAAUCAAGAAUUUCACGAUGCUGAAGAUAUUCCUCACUUUGAUUCACAAGAAUCCAAUGAAACUAAUUACCAAGAAUAUACAAAUCAAUCUAACAAUAUCAUUCAGGAAAAUCCUGACGCAGUUGACUCGACACCUGAAGCCCAAGUAAAGUCAAUUCCAAUGGAAGCACCACCUUCACCAGAUGACUUUAUCUCGCCUCCUUCACCACCUGCUAAUAUCCCACCGUUGCCAAAUACAUCGGCACCACCUCCACCACCUCCACCUCCACCUCCUCCUAUGGAUGCACCACCAAUGCCAAGCUCUUCGGCGCCACCACCUCCUCCACCUCCUCCAGGAGCAGCUCCUCCUUUGCCUAAUGCAUCGGUACCUCCACCUCCUCCAGGUGCGCCUCCAUUACCAAGUGAUUCAUCGUCAUCAUCAGCUCCCAAACAAGCACCUCCAAUAGGAGGUAAUGUUGAUAUUGGUGCUUUGUUAGGACAGAUAAAGACUGGAUCAAGCUUAAAGAAGGUUGAUGAAAACGAAAAGCAUAUUGCAGAUGGAGCUGUUGUUGGUAGAGUAUUAUGA